AUGGAGGCCAUCCAGGCGUCCUUCCAGAAGGUGGAGAAGAUUGGGGAGGGCACCUAUGGCGUGGUGUACAAGGCUCGCAACAAGCGCACGGGGCAGCUGGUGGCCCUCAAGAAGAUCCGCCUGGACGCGGAGUCAGAAGGUGUCCCCAGCACUGCGAUCCGAGAAAUCUCACUGCUGAAGGAGCUGAAGCACCCGAACAUAGUCAGGCUCCUGGAUGUCAUACACAGCCAGAAGAAGCUCUAUAUGGUGUUUGAAUAUCUGAAUCAGGACCUGAAGAAGUACAUGGACUCAUGCCAAGCUGGAGAGCUUCCUUUAAGCUUGGUCAAGAACUACCUUUUCCAGCUGCUGCAGGGUGUGAGCUUCUGCCACUCGCACAGGGUCAUCCACAGGGACUUGAAGCCACAGAACUUGCUCAUUAAUGAAGCAGGAGCAAUCAAGCUGGCUGAUUUUGGACUGGCAAGAGCUUUCGGGGUCCCCCUCCGCACAUACACUCAUGAGGUGGUGACUCUGUGGUACCGAGCCCCUGAGAUACUGCUGGGAUGCAGAUACUACUCUACCCCUGUGGAUAUCUGGAGCAUCGGCUGCAUCUUUGCAGAAAUGAUGACCAGGAAGGCCCUGUUUCCAGGGGACUCUGAGAUUGAUCAGCUCUUCCAGAUCUUUCGCACUCUGGGCACUCCCACCGAGGUGACGUGGCCUGGUGUGACCCAGCUCCCUGACUACAAGGGCAGCUUUCCCCGGUGGCCAAGGAAGGAGAUGAAGGACAUUGUUCCAAACUUAGAUCGAGAUGGGAGAGACUUACUGACGCAGUUGCUCCUGUAUGAUCCCAGCAAGCGCAUCUCAGCCAAAGCAGCCCUCAACCACCAGUACUUCCUCUGCAGAAACUCUGGGAGCCCUGAACAGCGACCUGUGCUGCGGAGAGACUGCAGAUGACAGGACACAGCUCUCCCCAAGCUCUUGCACUUCCAGGUAGUGCUGCAGAUGUGGUCUGGGGCACUUAGCAGGGGCCUGGCUGGAUCCCAGUCUUGUUUCUUUUGAGGAACCUGGAAGGGGACA